GCUUUUGUUUUGAAAAGCUCAUAUGCUGCUUGCUUUGUUUUUGGCGAGCAGCUUCUUGGCAUUGCAUCACGCCGCCCUGACGGGCAGCGGCGAGCUGCUGGCGGCGCUGCUGGAGGCCCAGGCUGUCGUCGAUGUCGAGGACAGCAACGGAAUGCGCCCGCUGCAUUAUGCGGCGUGGCAGGGCAAGUCGGAGUCGGUGCUGCUGCGUUCGGGAGCGUCCGUCAACGGCGUCUCGCUGGAUGGCCACAUCCCUCUGCACCUGGCCGCGCAGUACGGACAUUACCACGUGUCUGAGAUGCUCCUGCAGCACCAGUCCAACCCGUGCCUGGUCAACAAGGCCAAGAAGACACCGCUCGACCUCGCCUGCGAGUUCGGCCGCGUCAAGGUGGCCCAGCUGCUUUUGAGUAGCAAUAUGGUGGCGGCGCUUUUGGAGGGCGAGCGCAAGGAGCCCAGCGACUCGGCCUUCACCACGCCACUGCACCUCGCCGCUCGCAACGGCCACAAGGACGUCAUUGGGCUGCUGCUGAAGGCGGGCAUCGACAUCAACGCCACCACCAAGUCAGGCACAGCCCUGCACGAGGCCGCCCUCUACGGCAAGACCGAGGUGGUGCGGCUGCUGCUAGAUGCCGGCGUCGACGUGAACAUCAGAAACACAUACAACCAGACAGCACUCGACAUCGUCAACCAGUUCACAACCUCACACGCCAGUCGAGACAUCAAGCAACUGCUCAGAGACGCGACAGGGGUCCUGCAGGUGCGGGCGCUGAAGGACUUGUGGAACCUUCACGAUCCCACCGCCCUCAACGUCCGCGCCGGAGACGUGAUCACGGUUCUGGAGCAGCACGCCGACGGGCGAUGGAAAGGUCACAUCCACGACAACCAGCGGGGGCUUCUUCCCGCCCUCCAUCGUCGAGGUCAUCAGCCGGCGAGUCGGUGA